GAAAUCUAAUGUGCUCAGGGAAGUAGUGUCAUUGUGCUGAACGCUGCAGCAGCCAGGAACAGCCCUUCUUCUCUGCAUUGUACAAAAUGCCCUGGUUCAGUGUCACUAAAGAAGUGGCCAUGGGCACUGCGAUGCUGGGGGUUGCUUUUGCUACCGGAGUCCUAGCAGGCAAGCGAUAUCCUUCUAUAUUUUUUGGAGCGUCCAAGUCAUCUAAGACUGUUAUUGGAAAAGACAGCCCACUCUGGCAGUACAUAUUGGAUCAUUCUUUAAGGGAACACCCACUUCUAAAGAAGCUGCGACUGCUCACCUUGGAUCACCCCUGGGGCAGAAUAAUGGUGUCCUGUGACCAGGCUCAGUUUAUGGCAAAUUUGGCUAAACUCAUCAAAGCAAAGAAAGUUAUUGAAAUUGGUGUUUUUACAGGUUACAAUACUUUGAACAUGGCACUCAUCUUGCCAGAUAAUGGCAGAGUUGUUGCUUGUGAUAUAAAUGAAGAUUAUGUCAAUAUUGGGAAGCCACUGUGGAAAGAGGCGGGAGUGGAGCAUAAAAUUGACUUGCGGAUUAAACCAGCAAGUGAAACACUUGAAGAACUGCUGGCUGCUGGCGAAGCUGAGACCUAUGACUUUGCUUUCAUUGAUGCUGAUAAAGAAAGUUCCAAUGAGUACUAUGAAAAAUGUUUGCGUCUUGUAAGGAAAGGAGGAAUAAUAGCCAUUGAUAACGUUUUGUGGAGCGGGAAAGUAUUAAAUCCAAGGAAGGAUGACCUAGCCACCCAAAGCAUCCACCUCCUCAAUGAGAAACUUCUCCGAGAUGCACGAGUCAAUAUCAGUAUGAUCCCAAUGGGGGAUGGUGUGACAUUUGCAUUCAAGCUAUAGUGGGAGGAAGAUGCUAAGCAGCAGAAGUAGGACUGAGAAGCACCCCAUCAUCAAGCAAAAUGAAGGUGGAACACUGCCAAAAAUAACUGUUUGAACCCGUGUCAUGGCAAGAUUGCACAGAGCUGGGAAAGCAAAGCAAUGAAUGGUAUCCAAAAAUAAGUUAGGAUGGGAAAUUAAGAUUUAGUGUGGAGUUUCUCUCUUUGUCUUUUUCUUUUAUCUUAAUAAAAAGGAAGAUCCCGCUUGAA